AGGCCACUCCCAGCAUCUAUCAGGGAUCUGGGGGAAGAGCUUUCCCCUUUGCAGACUCGUGUUGGGGCCUGCCCAGUGGGGAAGCGGGGAGAGGAGUGGCACCAACAGAAAGUGAGAAAAGGUUCCCAGACUAUCGGGGUUCCUGCUUCUAGCUUCCCUCUCUCCCUUCCUCCCCCUUCCCCCUUUUCCCUACAUCUCCUUUCUUGGGGAUAGUGGGGAGCAAAAGGGUGCACGCAGUGAAGUCAGGUGUUGAAAUCCCCAGGGGAUUACUGGGGGGAGGUAUUUGAAAGGACAACCGUGAACAGGACUCUGGCACCAGCAAGAAAUGGCUUCACCUAGAGGCAAAGGGAGCCGCAGUGGGGCGUCCUCAAAGUGAAAGUGAAAAUAAAAGAGAAGUAGGACAGAAGAGAAACGGACAGGUUGUCGGCCACAAAGGGGUGUUUGGAGAGACCCCCGUCUUCUCCACAGGGAGGCUGUGGAGAAGGGCAGCGGGGGGCCUGAGAGCAGCCCCCAUGGGCGCAGAGUGGUGCCUGCUGCUCUGCUUGGUUCUGUCCGGAGCUGCGGACGCCGAAAGGCAGUGGCGGGCAGUGGAUGUGGUCUUGGACUGCUUCUUGGUGGAGGAAGGCAAGCACCGUGGAGGUUUUGCCAGCAAUAAGAACAUGGUGAAGGCCUUGCUGGUGCUGAGGCAGGUGCCAGUGCUGGACGAUGGCUCCCUGGAAGGCUUCGCCAAUUUCCAAAUGAGCUCAGUGGCCAAAGACAACCCACCUGUUACCUUUGAGGCUUCAGUGGAUCUGGUACAGAUUCCCCAUGCAGAGGCCCUGCUCCAUGCUGACUGCAGUGAGAAGGAGGUGACCUGUGAGAUCUCCCGCUAUUUUCUCCAGGCCAGACAAGAGGCCGCUGUUCAGACAGCAGCUUGGUUCAUCACCAACAUGCAGCUAUCUGGAGGGGGACCCAGUGUCUCCUUAGUGAUGAAGACUCUCGGGGACGCUGAGAACAAAGCUGUCUUGCACCCCACGCUGAACCUACCCCUGAGCCCCCAGGGAACUGUGCUGACUGCAGUGGAGUUCCAGAUGACAACAAGUACCCCAUCCCUGACUUUCCUUCUGGGGUCCUCUGCCUCCCUGCACUGUGGCUUCUCCAUGGCACCAGGCUUGGACCUCACCAGAGUGGAGUGGCGGCUGCAGCAUAAAGGCAGUGGCCAGCUGGUGUACAGCUGGACUACAGGGCAGGGGCAGGCCAAGCGACAGGGCGCUACCCUGGAGCCUGAGCAGCACCUCAUGGCUGGGGACGCCUCCCUCAACCUACCCAGCCUCACCCUGAAGGACGAGGGGUCCUACGUUUGCCAGAUCACCACCUCUCUGUACCAAGCUCAACAAAUCAUCCAGCUCCAUGUCCAAGCUUCCCCCAAAGUACGACUGGGCUUGGCAAAUGAAGCUCUGCCACCCACCCUCAUCUGCAACAUCGCUGGCUAUUAUCCUCUGGACGUGACUGUGACGUGGACCCGAGAGGAGCUGGGUGGAGUCCCAGUCCCAGUCCCAGAUGCCUCCUUCUCCAGCCUCCGGCAAAGCUCAGAGGGCACCUAUAGCAUCUCCUCCUCCCUGACGGCAGAACCUGGCUCUGCAGGUGCCACUUACACUUGCCAGGUCACCCACAUCUCCCUGGAUGAGCCCAUUGAGACCAGCGCCUGGGCUGCCCCACCAGAGCAGCGAACUAUGGCCUUUGGAGUCCUUUUUGUCAGCAGCCUUUUUCUUCUUGCAGUGCUGUACCUGGGGCUUCAGAGAUGGCGAGCUACCUCACCCAAGGUCUACCAAGACUCCGAGGCCCUCUGGGUAGACACUCGCCUGCCUCAGAGUAAAAAGAAAGCAUAGUCAUGUUCUCCCAGAAGGACUCUAAGCCAAGGCCCAGAGCUCAAAAGGACCCCAAUAAAAGGAUGAAGAAAGCACAGAUCACUGGGGCUCUGGCUCUGAAUAUGUGCAGGACUCUGCCUUCCUUCAUUGUGUCCCUGGGCCAAACAGAAAACGUGAAGAGGUGAGAGGGCAGCAAGAAGGCAGAAUGUCUGGGCAGAGGUUAAAAAAAGAGCCAGAUUUGAGGUGUGG